CCUCGUCCCCCGAAUGAAAGAGAAGGCAUUGAUCUCUUCUUGAUUCCUUCUUCACCAGACGAUGGAGCUAGACCAGCCUGGCUUGAUAAGGCAAUCCCAUCUCACAAUCAUGACCAAGCACGUCAACCCAAGAAAUGGCAAGGGGAGUGCAUCGCCACCAUCCCCAUCGUCGAGGAAUGAUCUACGCAAGCACUCGGCAUCUUUCCGGAGGCUCGGAGCGGGAGUACCGGCACCGGAUGGCAGCGGCGCGGAGAAGAAGCUUGUGUGGCUCCGCUCUCAGAUCAUCGGUGGGGAUGCCGAGUUCGACUCCCCGUUCGGCAGGCGGCGGCUCACGAAUGCUGACAGCACCGCCUCAGGCCGCUGCGUCCGCUACGUUGAGGACUUCAUCGUCGACAACAUCCUUCCGUUUUACGGUAACUCACACACGUCUGAUAGCCACGUGGGUCGCCAGACCACCAAGACGGUGCACGAGGCCUCGAGCUACAUCAAACGGUGCUUAGGAGGUGGACCCGAGGACGCGAUCUUGUUCUGCGGAUCAGGAUGCACUGGGUCGAUCAAGCGACUCCAAGAAGUCAUGGGCGUUGCAGUGCCAUCGAUCCUAAGAGACAGGAUGAUUAAGUGCAUGCCAAGCGAAGAGAGAUGGGUGGUCCUAGUCGGACCUUAUGAGCACCACUCAAACCUUCUCUCAUGGAGGCAAAGUCUAGCGGAGGUCAUAGAGAUCGGACUAGAUGAAGAUGGGUCGAUAGACAUGGAAGAUUUAAAGCAAAAGCUCGAGUCUUAUCGAGAUGCAAACAGGCCAAUUCUGGGUUCUUUCUCUGCUUGCAGUAAUGUCACCGGGAUUUGUACCGACACAAGAGCUGUCGCGAAGCUGCUCCACCAAUUUGGUGCCUUUGCUUGCUUUGAUUUUGCAGCUAGUGCACCUUAUGUGGAAAUAGACAUGAGAUCGGGGAAAGUGGACGGUUAUGAUGCUAUCUUCCUGAGUGUGCACAAGUUCCUUGGGGGACCAGGGUCUCCAGGAAUCCUGCUCAUGAGCAAGGCUCUCUAUCGGCUCGGAUCAUCUCCCCCAUCAACCUGUGGAGGAGGAACUGUUGAUUAUGUGAAUGGUUUCGAUGAAAAGGAUACCUUAUACGUGGAAGACAUUGAAGAAAGAGAGAAUGCUGGGACUCCACAGAUUAUUCAGAUCACAAGAGCAGCAUUGGCAUUUUGGUUGAAAGAUUACGUGGGAUAUGAAGUAAUUGAGAAACUGGAGCACAGGUACAUUAAAGAAGCAAUCGAAAGGCUCUCCAAAAACCAGAACAUAAAGAUUCUCGGGAACAAAGCAGCUAAGAGAGAGGCUAUAUUGUCUUUCCUGAUAUACUCAACAAAUAAUUCACCACCAAAUUGUCAUAAGAAAGGAAGAGAGAGAGGGCUUUACCUGUGGGGAGAAACGGGGAACGAAAGAGACAAGCCUCUCCACGGACCUUUUGUCGCCACUCUCCUCAAUGACCUCUUUGGCAUUCAAGCGAGAGGCGGGUGCGCUUGUGCCGGUCCAUAUGGUCAUGCCCUACUUGGCAUCAGUGAAGCUCAGUCCCAUGCAUUUAGACGUGCCAUUCAAAAGGGAUUUGCUGGGGUGAAGCCUGGAUGGACCAGAGUCAGCUUUCCCUACUACCUUUCGGAGGAGGAGUUCAAGUACAUUAUUGCUGCACUGGAGUUUGUAGCCUGUUAUGGCCAGAGAUUCCUACCACUCUACCAUUUUAACCUGAAAACUGGAAACUGGACCUUCAAAAAGAAGGCAUUCGUGGAGACUGUAGGGAAAGAAAGAAAGGGCAAAUUUUUUAUCUUAAAUGACAACCAGGCUGGUGAAGAUCCCAAUGGAGAUGCUAAACAAGAGAGCCUCACUGCCAGGUAUACGUCAUAUUGGGAGAGUGCAAAACAUAUUGCUAGUCUCCUCCCCAAAUUUCCCUCCCCGCGCAGGCUUCAGGUAGAAAUUGAUCCAGAGCUACUGUACUUCCGCAUCUAGAAGAAGAUUUGAAAAAACAAAUUCAGUUGAACACAAGUUUUGUCCAAAGUAUAUACGAAUAGACUAUGCAACUUCAAGUACUUUGUCACCAAGUGUAAGAUAUGGGUUUUUGAAAAGUCAAAGGUAGAAAAGCAAAAAUAAAGAAAUAAAGAAAAAUAAAGCGUUGAAAAGUCAAAAGAAAAAGGUUGAGUGGAUGCUUUAGCUUAUAAAGGGAAAAGAAAGGAGGAAGGAAAAAGAGAGGAGGUUUUGCGCGCACACGCCACAGGGACCUCGCCAAGCCAAGUCAAUUUUGUAUCACAAUGUUCAACAAGUGCUCGCACCCCUUGUUCUUUCAAUCAUAUUAGUUUUCGAAGUUAGGGCUUAAAUUCGGAUUUAUGUAAAAAUAGAGCCAUAGAGUUUGAUUUUUGAAUUGUCGAGCUAUGUAAUUUCAUGGGAAUAGUGGAUUAUGGCGUUGUGGAGCCACGGGUUUGAUGGGAGUCAUUUUGGCGCAAAGGUUCUGUCAAAGUGAGAAUUUUAAGAUUUUGUGUU